GGGAGGCGGUGGCGCCGGCCAAGACGAAAGGCAAGACGGUGGCCGAGAGGGCACGGGGAGGCUGACGGUGGCCGACAGGUCGGACAUGGAGCAUCUGGAGCGCUGCGCGUGGGUCCUCAGGGGGACGCUGGUGCGGGCGGCCGUACGGCGCUACCUGCCCUGGGCCCUGGUGGCCUCCAUGCUGGCGGGCUCCCUCCUCAAGGAGCUUUCCCCGCUGCCCGAGAGCUAUCUCAGCAACAAGCGCAACGUCCUCAACGUGUAUUUUGUCAAAGUGGCCUGGGCCUGGACCUUCUGUCUCCUCCUGCCUUUCAUCACCCUCACCAACUACCACCUGACGGGCAAGGCCGGCCUGGUCCUGCGGCGGCUGAGCACACUGCUUGUGGGCACGGCCAUCUGGUACGUGGGCACAGCCGUCUUCACCAACAUCGAGCACUACACAGGCAGCUGCUACCAGUCGCCAGCCCUGGAGGGGGUGAGAAAGGAGCACCAGAGUAAGCGGCAGUGCCACGGGGAAGGAGGCUUCUGGCAUGGCUUUGACAUCUCAGGCCACUCCUUCCUGCUGACCUUCUGUGCCCUCAUGAUUGUGGAGGAGAUGGCUGUGCUGCACGAGGUGAGGACGGACCGAAGCCACUGGCUUCACGCGGCCAUCACCACCCUGGGGGUCGCCCUGGGCUUCCUGACCUUCAUCUGGGUGUGGAUGUUUCUGUGCACGGCCGUUUACUUUCACAACUUGUCCCAGAAAGUGUUUGGCACCCUGUUCGGUCUGCUGGGCUGGUAUGGGACGUACGGGUGUUGGUAUCUGAAAUCCUUCUCUCCAGGACUUCCUCCCCAGAGCUCUAGUUUGAAUCUGAAGCAAGACAGUUACAAGAAAUAAAAGAGAAGCAAAAGGGAUGGCAGCAGGACAGUGGCUAAUAGAUUUUCCACUUAUUUUUCUUAGUUAUCGACCAAAUUAUUGAUCCCGCUUCCGGGAGGAAGCUUACCGGGCAGUGUGUGGGGUGGGGGUGGGGUGGAGUCUGGGGGGCGAGCGAGGUCAGGCCCCAGACUGUCCCUGGUGGCAUCGCCCUGUGUCACAAGCACCGCCACUCCCAGUCAGGCACUUUGCUGGCAAGACUUGACCUUAAUCUGGAACAUCCCUUUUGGCCCUAGAGGGCCAAGCUCAGGCUCAGCGAGAGGGCGGGAUCGGGAAAGCCUCUGUUGUGUGGCUGGAGCGGGGCUGGGGCCUCAGGACUCUCCUCUGCUGCCCUCAGAUGCUCCCUGAUUCUUCCUUGUCUUCUGUGUUAAUGGCUGUUAAUGCUGUUAUUUAACAGUAAAUCCCUCUGGUCAGUUUUGCAGAAGCAUUUAUUUCCAGCAGGGUUCUUUAUAAAACAACCAACUGCCUGAAGGACAGAUUCUGGUUGUAGUAUUUAUUUCGUCCGCGGAACGUCAAAUAUUGCAAGUGGCUUAUGAUUAGCUACCAAAACAGUUAAACUGGAGUGCCUCUGCGACAGAGUAUUGGAUGAUUUUUAGGUAACGAACAUUGAUAAUUUUCUGUCCAUGUUGUCUAUUAUAUAUCGGUUUUUGGAGCACUAAGGUUACUUCCCCCCUCUCCCUUCUAUUGUGAGUGAAUGCUUUAUAGUUUUUGAUAACAAUCAUGGCAUUUGUUCUUUGUUGACAGAACUCCCGAAAAUAACUCACGACUCUGCACUUUGGCACAUGUGUAGAUUGCUUUUAGGGCUUUUUAGAACACUCUUGGCUUACGGUAUUAAAUUCAAGCUCACGGGACUCUUUUCUCUGUUAAGAAUAAAACCGGAAAGCAGACGUUUUAAUAACCUGUUGAAUUUUAAGCUGAGUCAGGGUAAUUUUGCAAAAUGCAUAUUUGCACUGAACCUCCCCUGACCACACGUCAGUGGUGUAGACUGAAUGGUGCUUCAGAGUUGUGUGAUAAUAAGCCUUCUGCCCGUUGCUGUGGCCCAAGGCACUUUUACCCUUUUGGACAAGGUUAUGUUAAGUCAGAAGUGGAUGAAAAUAUCUUCCCUUGCUUCUGAUGGCAAGAAGCCAAGCUGUUUGCAAAAAUGUCCCUGGUAAAUGUUGGCUUGACUCUGGCCCACCCUCCUCUUACUUGGACCACCACCAAAACCAGACCAAACGGGCCUGUUCAUCUGCCCUUGAACUCAACCUUUUAUUUCCCCUUGGCAGCACUUCUCAAUUUCCAGCCUUGUCCUUGUGUGGCCCUCACCUUGGGAGUGCUGGGAAUGGUGAGAUGCCCUGUCCCCUCUGCCCCACAAAGGCACAGUUACCGCUCUGUGAUAAGAUACCCCUUCCCUCUCUCAGGGUGUCUCCUUAAGCCUUUCAAACCAAGCCCCUUGCAUUUUGGAUAAUCAUCCCGGAAGCUUCUUUGACGUCCCUCCCCUCCCAGUCAAGCCUGGUAAUAGCAUUAACUGAUAAGCACUGCACUUGCCUGGCUUAACGCAAGCUUAGGUUGGUAGGAGUUUGAGGUCUGGAAAAUCUUCAGUGUAAAAUGUAUUGCGUAUAAAUAUGUACUUAAAAUAUGUAGUUUGUAUCUCAUCUGGCCACAGGUUAACCUAUAUUGAUCAAAAUGUGGGGUGUGAUACGUUGUACCCAAAGGUGGCAGAAACACCUGACAGUGAGAUUUCGAAGGUGUCACCAUGGUGCUUUGGGAGCAUUGGCAAGCUAUGAUGGGCCCCGGGAGAAUUGUUUUGCCCUCUGGAGCUUACAUCUGAAAACGGGGGUGGUGGAAGUGGGGCUGGGGUAGGUGGCAGGGGCUUGCUGAAGGGAUUGACAUCUCUCCUACGUUUCAUGUUCAGCACCAAAAGGCAACAGGCACAAGGUGAUGCCAGAAGUUCACUUGUCCCACUUAAAUGUCCAGACAUUUCUCUCCUGCAGGCCUGAUUCAGGCUCAGCCUUACAUUGACUCCGUGGAAAGCGUCCAUUACAGAAUCUUGUAUAUUGAUGAGUCUUCUGCCACUUCCUGUUCAGUCUUAGCACCUUUGCCUGUCUCUAGGGAACAUGCUCUCAAUCCCUGUGUGAGACAGCGUGGCAAGGCUGAAAGUUUAGGCAAACGUGAGAUUUGGGUCCAAAUCAUGUCUGACCCUGGUCAAGCCUCAAUUUCCCCAUCUGUAAAAUGGAGGUGGUAACUGUCAGGAUGAAGGGAAUAUGUAUGUAAAAUGCCCAGCACAUGUGCAUAGCAGGUGAUAAUCCUCCUGCCUCCUUUUUCUUGAUUAAGCCUUUAGAACUUUAUGGCUCCUCUGGAGAAGGCAGGGAAACUAAUGUGUUCUUUGGAGUGCCAUCUGGGGUCUGGGUGUCCUGUUGAAGUAGCCUAGUAUUGUCUUUUGAAAAGUGUCUAUUCCCCAGGUGCUGAACAAGAGGCUUUUGAGGGCAUCUGUGAUCACAGAAUACCACCGUGCUUGGUUUGUCUCUCCGUGUUGAGGUUCGUUCACUGGCGCCUCAUUUUCCACAUGCAUCUGUCACAGUCUGAGUACCAGAUUGUAUUUAGAGAAUGGCUGUUACCACUGUUAUGUACACACACAGAUCGUGUGUGUAAACAGGCAAAUUAAACUAGAGAUAAUGAAAUCCCA